AUGGCUUCAAAACUCAUUCCUACUUCUGUCAUUUUACUUGUUCUUUUCUUCUUGCUUCUCAUGAGUGAGACUUCUGGUUGUAAUUCUGCAUAUGCAUGCUUUGAUGCUAAUGGAGGAAGUCUCAAACUUAGUCAUAACAGGAAGAUGAUGUCUAGUUUGAAGUAUAAGAAGGUUAGUGUUGAAGGAUCUUUAAGAAAGAUGAAGAAAAGUGAAAAAGUGACUGAAGAGUUGAGGAAGGUUCCUACAGGACCAGAUCCACUUCAUCAUAAUAGCAUUGGCAAUCCUAUUAAGCCUCAAACUCCUUAA